UCUGUAACACAUGCAUUCGGCGGGAAUCAGUCGGUGGUAUGCUCGCGCGAAACACGUACACGGUACAAUUGUUUCCUCGGCUUGUGGUGGACGUUGACUCGACGUAAAUCUUCGACCUAUCACAUAUCUUCGCGCAUCAAGUCGAGUGCUCGUGCAAAGCACAAGGUCGAGGUUUUAUGCGACAAUGUGCACGCCUGCAGUUGUUCUUCAGAGGCAAUGACGACGAGUCAGCUUCUGGCCAAUUCGCUCGGUCGGCCGAGGAGACCGUUACGUUAGUGACCGACCACCCAAUGGCCACAGCCGCGUGAUGCGAUCGUCGACUGAGAACGGUGUCUAGUUUCGGAGUGCGAUCCACAGUGGAUCUUGUUACCGCGGUGGCGACGACGAUAUUACGGUACCUCGAGCGGUGGCGCUGUGAUGCUGCUGCGUAACGACACCGCGUACGACGGUGUUGACAGAAAUUACACCGACGAGUAUUUCAAUUGCACCAGCGGUUCCUCGUCCAUCAACAAUUACUCAAACUACGAUUGUAAUACGCCAUUGGAUGACGUCAUCGUGAAAAAUUACUGGGCCCUGUCUCUGGUCGUGUUUCCCAUACUCACUCUGUUCGGAAACGUGCUGGUUAUUAUCAGCGUGUGUCGCGAACGGGCAUUGCAGUCAGUCACCAAUUACUUCAUCGUCAGCUUGGCGUUGGCUGACCUUUUAGUGGCUCUCGUCGUCAUGCCAUUUGCCGUUUAUGUGCUGGUGAACGGUAAAUGGGGCUUACCACCGUUUGUUUGUGAUUUCUAUAUAGCCAUGGACGUAAUUUGUAGCACAUCAUCUAUAUUCAAUUUAGUCGCAAUUAGUAUAGACAGGUAUAUUGCGGUGACCCAACCAAUAAAAUACGCUAAACAUAAAAACAACAGGAGAGUGUGGCUGACAAUCGUGUUGGUAUGGGCUAUCAGUGCGGCAAUUGGCAGCCCCAUUGUGCUCGGUCUGAACAACACUCCGAAUCGAACACCGGACCUCUGUCUUUUUUACAAUUCGAAUUUCAUCAUAUACUCUUCCCUAUCUUCAUUUUACAUACCAUGCAUUAUCAUGGUAUUUCUUUAUUGGAAUAUAUUCAAGGCUUUAAACAUAAGAGCAAGGAAAGCUAAAGCGGCAAGAAGACCACAACUAGGAAGGGAUUUAAAACCAGGUAUCAUCAUUGAAAAUGUAGCUCAUACUAGAAGACGAUUGGCAGAAACAACGUUGCUUGCAACAGCCUCAUUAGCUCCCGGAAGCACCUCCAUCAUUGAUGAAGCACCAACAAACACAGGAAGUGGUAGUCAGGACGAAGAAGAAGAAGGCGGAUCACCUGGCUCCGAUGACUGUCAUAUUUUACACAAUGACAAAUCUACGGACUUUAUUCUAUCUACAGUAAUAGAGGAAACCGCAAUGGUGGCAACGUUAGCUACUCCGCAAAACCUUCAAGCUGAUCCCAAUGGCAAUCUAAGUAGCAGGCCGCCAAACGUGGAUCUAGUUUCUAAGUCUUUAAAACCUGUUCAGACAGUCAGUUCCAUUAGUGAUAAAGUUGGAGACAAGCUCUCCAACAAAGAGAAGGACUCGGACGAGUCAAUGGUGACUACGGACUCCCAAACAGACAGGUCGAAUCGCAUGACACAGUCACUCGUAAAGCGUUCAUUGUCGUCGAUGCUGCGCAACUGCUCCGAAGAUGACAACUCCAGGUGUUCGAAAAAGGACUACAAGUCGUCAGCAGAAGGUAGCAGUCGAUUCACGAUAUAUAAGGUUAACAAAGCGAGUCGGAAGAAACGAGAAAAGUCGUCGGCGCGAAAAGAAAGAAAAGCAACGAAAACCUUAGCCAUAGUUCUCGGUGUAUUUUUGUUUUGUUGGGUUCCGUUUUUUACGUGCAAUAUUUUGGACGCAAUAUGCAAUAAAUUGGAAAAAAACUGCUCCCCAGGUGUUCGAGCGUUCAUCUUAACUACGUGGUUAGGAUACAUGAACAGCUUCGUUAACCCAGUUAUUUAUACCAUAUUUAACCCAGAAUUUAGAAAAGCAUUCAAAAAAUUAAUGAGAAUUGGAACUUGACCCGUAGCUGAUGGCCCAGACAAAAGUAUUACAAAUGUUAGUCAUCAUUAAAUUAAACACAUUUAUGUAUUUUUGUCUCUUGGCCGUGUAAAACUCAUUUAAUUCAAUGCUAUCAAAAUCACGGUACUUUAAUAUCAAAUUUGUAACUACACUGUACUAUUAAUUUAUUAUAACUUAACCUAAAAUUCUUGUAAAAAUUGAUAUAAAUAAAAUUAAAAAAAACUUUUCAAUUUGUCUAUGUACACAUAUUUUAAUUUGGUAAAAAUAUUUUA